AUAAUGUUUAAAUAUUUAUCUAUUAAACAAAAUCACAUAAUUUUGAUAAGAAAUAGAAUAAAAACAAAAAAAAACAUGUUCAACCACUAACAAAAACAAAACUUUUAUCCAUGCACUCGCCAAUGUAUAUAUAUAAACAUAAGUUAAGCAACAAGGAUGCAUACAAGAGAAACCUAAAGAAAGAAAGGAAAAAAAUGGCCAAGUCUUUCUCUCUGUUCCCAACCCUAAUGAUAGUCAGCAUCUUCUUAAUCAUCUCUUCACCUCUGAUCCAAGCCGGCUUCACCGAUGACCUCAAGGGUCUAGAAUGGUCCUCGACGGGAGUCCAUGGCUCCUCAGGCUGCCACGGUUCAAUAGCAGAUUGUAUCGGAACAGAGGAAGAGGAGAUGGACUCAGAGAUCAACAGAAGAAUAUUGGCGACAACAAAGUACAUAAGCUAUCAAGCUUUGAAGCGGAACAGUGUCCCUUGUUCGAGAAGAGGGGCGUCUUAUUACAAUUGCCAGAACGGAGCUCAGGCUAAUCCUUAUAGUCGUGGUUGCAGUGCUAUUGCUCGUUGCAGGAGUUAGGUGUCAAGAACAAGUUCUUCUCUUCUUUAUGGUUUCUUUAUAAUUUGUACGGUACUCAUAUAAGUUGGAUUUGGAUGUGAAUAAUCUUGGGUUGUUGUAUGAUCCAUUAAGUGUUUAGUUGUGCUAUAAGCUUUGAAUAUUCAUGUGUACUAUCUUGCACAAAUAAUAGUACAAGGUCUAUGUUUA